GUAAGACUUAAAAAAAAAAUCAGACUUUUUUCCAAAAAGAAAAUCGCAAAAGUGGAAAGAGAAUGGCGACGAGAGAGUGGAACCCAUUGGAUUUCGACAUCGGAGAAGAAGAAGACGAAGAAGGAACGCCAUCGCCGUCAUCGAUAUCGCCGCCGCUUCAGUACUUCGACAGAGAUCGCCACGUGGCGUUCUUGGAGAUGAUGUACAAUUUGAUGCCCCAUCACUAUCAAUCGCAGGAGAUCAAUCGCCUCACUCUUGCAUUUUUCACUAUCUCUGGCCUUCAUCUCCUCCGAGCCUUAGAUCGCGUUGAUAAGGACAGAGUUGCCGAUUGGGUUUUAUCAUUUCAAGCUCAUCCGAGAAGUCGAGCCGAAUUGAAAAUUGGUCAAUUUUAUGGAUUUCAUGGUUCUAGAACUUCACAGUUCCCUCCAGAUGAAAACGGGGUUUCAGCUCGUAAUGCUGGUCACUUGGCAAGCACGUAUUGCGCUCUAGCCAUACUAAAGACAGUUGGCUUUAAUCUCUUGACCAUAGACAAAGAAUCAAUAUUGAUAUCAUUGAGGAAUCUUCAACAGCCUGAUGGAAGUUUUAUGCCAGUGGAUGUUGGUGCCGAGACAGAUCUUCGAUUUGUAUAUUGUGCUGCUGCUAUCUGUUUUAUGCUGGAGGAUUGGAGUGGCAUGGAUAGGGAGAAAGCCAAGGAAUACAUUUUAAAAUGCCAGUCUUAUGAUGGUGGUUUUGGCUUGAUGCCUGGUUUAGAAUCACAUGGAGGUGGUACAUAUUGUGCUGUGGCAUCUCUUCGGUUAAUGGGGUACAUUGAAGAUGAUCUUCUGUCAAAAACUGUAACAUCUUCCAUCAUAAAUGUGCCGUUAUUGCUGGAUUGGUGUAUGCAGAGGCAGGCCAUUGAUGGUGGAUUUCAAGGCAGAGCCAAUAAACCUAGUGAUACAUGCUAUGCAUUUUGGAUUGGGGCAGUCUUGAGGAUCUUAGGGGGCUACAAAUUCAUUGACAAGAUUGCUCUACACAGAUUUUUGCUGACUUGUCAGUCUGAGUUCGGAGGUUUCAGCAAGUAUCCCAGGGACCUACCUGAUAUAUAUCAUGCCUACUACGGAUAUACUGCAUUCAGCCUUUUGGAAGAGCCUGGCUUGAAUCCACUCUGUGCUGAACUUGGGAUGACUGAUCUUACUGCCAUAGGUAUAAUUUAGCACCUUUUUUUUUUUUUCACUUCAUUGUGUUUGCAGUUCAUGUCCCUUGAAUUCCAUUGCACCUUUGAUAGUGCACACCGUGUUUACAUAUUGGACUUGGUAGUUUGUGUUCAUCUUUUCUUGUUUUUCGAUUCUAAAACCUAUUGGUUUGUAUCCAUGGAGUGAAGCUAUAUGCGGUUAAGCAAACUUGAACUCGGUAGUUAUUUUUACUACAUUCAAUAAGUAAAGCUCAGAGGAUGGCGAAAUCCACAUAUUAAAAUUGUAA